UACUGUAUUAUGUUAUUCUUUUCAGUACACUUCAUUUUCUGGCGGAUUUUAAAGACGUAUGCUGCAUCGAUAUAGCACCGGAAUACAAGCGGUGCUGCUUUAGACCAGAUUUAGGGCGCAUAGUUCAAAACGGAGCCAAAUUUGAACUGUGGAUUGUGUGUUUUUCUGCGCCGCUGCAGGCCUAGCGUUAGCUGUAACGUUAGCGAGCUAACGAUCCUCCCCGAGACGCGCGCACCGUGCUGUGAGUCCUUUGUGAUAGCAUGGAUCCGGACAGUGGGGCGGACACCCAGCGAACUCUCAGUCUGCAGUGGAAGAGCUAUAAGCUCGUACAAGACCCAGCUCUCCGACGGGUAACUCAGAAAAUCUACAGAUAUGAUGGGAUUCACUUUAGUGUACAGGAUUCAGGAUUCCCGCCUGUGGGGGACUUGCGUGAUCCAAGACCCCGCAGAAUCUGGUCUAGACACACAGAGCUGUCGCUGCCAGUGCCCAAAUUCAAGUUGGACGAGUAUUACGUAGGUCCCAUACCACUCAAGGAAGUGACGUUUGCGAGGUUGAAUGAUAACAUCAAAGAGCCGUUCCUGGCCGAGAUGUGCGCCAAGUUUGGGGAGGUUGAGGAAAUGGAGAUUCUGUUUCAUCCCAAGACUCGGAAGCACUUAGGCUUGGCCCGCGUCCUCUUCACCAGCACUAGAGGGGCCAAAGACACCGUCAAACACCUGCACAAUACUUCUGUCAUGGGAAACAUUGUCCAUGUCCAGCUAGAUAUCAAAGGCCAACAGAGGAUGAAGUACUAUGACUUAAUAGUGAGUGGCUCAUACACCCCUCAGACAGUGCCGACUGGAGGCAAAGCCCUCACUGAGAAAUUUCAGCCCCCAGUCCCGACUCAGCCAGAUACGUCGUCUGAUGUCCGGCGGAGGCUCUCCACAGAUCAGAUGGCAGCUCCUGCUGCGCCUCUAAACUCUGGCAGCACCACCCCCUGUUCUGUGGACACUGGAUUUGCAGACCAGCGCCUCGACACCCCUCCAUCCUCACUGGGAGGAGCUUAUACACCGGGCUCCUCUGCUUCUUCACAGGGUGGCGGCACCCCUUACACCCCUCGCUCUGGAACCCCUUUCUCGCAAGACUCGGGAUACUCAGUGGGCAGGCACAGUGGCUACAGCGGCACUCAGAGUUAUCCCCAGCAGGAUAUGCUUCCAUCUUCCUCCUGCUCCUCUUCAACAGUCUCUUCAUCAUCAGGAUUUAAGCCCCCUCACUUUCAUGACGACUUACAUGCUCCACCUCCGCAAGAGCCCUCCAUGUUCCACAGGGGUCGGCCGGGAUAUCCUCCUUCAGCGCCCUUCAGACCUAAUGAACCUCCCUAUCCGUAUCCCACUGUUGGAGGUUCAGGGAUGCACAUGCCUCUGCAUCCACCAAUGGCACCUCUAGGGGCUCAGUUUGAGCCACCACCGCUGUCCGACAGAGAUAGAGACCGAGAUCGAGAAAGGGGACACAGGGAUAGGGAUCGGGAGAGAGACCCAGGAGGGCGCUAUGGAGGUGGGAUAAGCUCCCGACGUUCCUCUUACCACUACCAACCGGAAACAAACUCCUUGUCCACAUCCAAAUCCUUCCAUUCACAUCACUCGCAUCAUGCUGAUCGGCGGGAGGACAGGGACGGCAGGGGCUACCGGCGCGACAGCUCAGGUUCCCGCUCAGGAGAUCACGGAAGGCAUCGGAACCACCAUCACUCCCACAACCACCACAGCAGCGGCGGAGCGGGAGCGAGCCGGCGGAGGAGCAGCCGAGACCGGGAAUGGGAGCGAGACCGAGAAGGAGACUAUAACAGCUCCGAUCCACGUUAUGGAGGCCACUCGAACUCUAGCCAACACUCGUCCAAUAGCCUCUCGCCUCCCUCUGCCACCUCUUCUUAUGGAGGAAACUCGUCGUCUAAAGACCUGUCCCCCUACGACACACCUUCUUCCUCCAGGCUAGAGCCCUCGCCGGCCUUCCGUCCUCAGCAGGGUGCAGGCGAGAGGGGUUUUGGGAUGGGAGGAAGCAUGGAUAAUGACUUCCGUGCUCAUUCUCACCACACGCCCCUGGCGCCGCCUCCUCCACCUCCUCCCCUCCCUCCAGCCUCCGUCAUCGCAGCCGCUGUGGCUGAAACGCUCGGCUCUCUUGAUUUUGGUCAGGACAGUCCCCUACGAGAAGAACAGUGGACCAAACCCAAGCGCUAUCCCAGCACCCCGCCCCAUCCACCUCGGACACCUCCGACCUCCUCGCCUCCUCACGUCUCAAUCCCGUCAUCCUCCACCUCUCCAUCCUCCACCUCCCUGCCUCACCACCUCCCGUCUUCGACCGCAUCCCUGUCUCCGCCUCCUCCUCAGCGUGACUCCUCCCCGGAGCCGGACUCCACCAAUGAGAGCCUGCCGUUCUUGCACCACAGCAGCAGCUUGGACUCGCGUAUUGAGAUGUUGCUGAAGGAACAAAAAGCCAAGUUUUCUUUCCUUGCCUCAGAUGAUGAGGACGAUGAGAAGGAGGAGGACAGAGAGGGUGGAAAAACAGGAGAGAAUGCAGACGGUGGGGGAAAGAAACUCAGAGAGGAGAACGGUGAAAGGCCUAGUCAUAAAAGACAAGGAGAGAUGGAGGGAGGCCAGCAGAGGAGGAGAGGAGAGAAAGAUGGACGCCGCAGCAGGGGAAAGAGGCAAGGGGGUGGAGUCAGUGAAGGCAGGAAAACACCUCCAGAGGUGGCCUCUUCCACUCCCACUACGCACAGUUUGGUGUCAGAGUCUCUUCAGGGCCAAAUGCCACCACCUCAGGAGGAGCACACAACCUCUGACUCACACAGGGCUCCACACACCCCACCCACCUACAAUGGAGAGGCACAGCCUUCACCUCACUCCUCUGGGGAGGAUAUGGAAAUAUCUGAUGAAGAUGACAAUGCCAUCACCACAGCCACCUCCCAUCCCGCUGCCUCUUCAUCCUCCUCACCGGCCACCUCCUCACAAUCUGCCCUCCCCUCCCAAACCCCAGACCCCUCUGCGAGUCCUGUCCCGGACACCAGCCAGCACUUCAGCGCCGCCAUGCCACCUCCGCCCAUCCCGUCUUACCCUCCCCACCUCCCACCCCCACCUCUGCCCGGCUUCUCCCUGCAGCCCCCUCCACCCCCCGGCUUACCACCUCCGCUUCCUCACAUGGAGCUGCACCCAGAGUACCCUCCUCCCCUGCCGCAUCACAUGUACGACUACGCCAGCUCCAUGGAGCUCAUGAGCCAGUACUGUGGAGGGGCACCCAUGUCAUUCCAGAUGCAGACACACAUGCUCAGUCGCCUCCACCAGCUGCGAAUGGCCUCCUCCAACAGCUCUACGGUAACCCCUGGAGAAGUCCCGCCUGCCUCUGAAUAUCCCCCGUCAUUUCACCUCCAUUCGAUACCACCUCCGCCGCACCACCCACACCACCCAUACAUGGACCAAGAUGGGAAUGUUGCCACCCACUAUGACCAGGACCACCGCUACAUCCCACCUCACUUACCAUACGCCUACCCGGACCCUCACGCCGCACAGCUUCCGCACCAUCACACCAUCCCGCCUCCCCACAGCCCCUGGCCUCCUCACCUGCUGCCCCAGCAGUUUCCUUCCCACUAUCCUCCACCUGGCUUCAGCACAGUGCCUGGCUUAGACGGAGAGCUGUACGGAGUGGCGGAUGACCAGAUGGCCAUAAUGGGCCACAACCCCUACGAGUCAGUAGUGCAGCAGGUACUGGCAGCUUUGAUCGAGGAGAUGAAGAACAUCAUGCAGAGGGACCUGAACCGCAAGAUGGUAGAAAACGUCGCUUUUGGCACCUUCGAUGAGUGGUGGGACCGCAAGGAACAGAAAGCCAAGCCAUUCCAGACAGCCAUGCGGGGAGUUGCAGUGGUGCGCGAGGAGGACAAGAAAGAAGAGAAGACCAGCAACCGACCUCGGGAGCCACUCACAUCUCUGGUAGACUGGGCCAAGAGUGGAGGCAUGGAAGGUUUCUCCCUGCGGGGGGCCUUGCGUUUGCCUUCUUUUAAGGUGAAGAGGAAGGAGCCUCAGGAACUUGUGGAGGGUGGUGAGCUGAAGAGAGCCAGGCCUUCGACUCCACCCGAUGAGGAAGAUGAGGACUCGUAUCAGGGCAAAUCUGCCGACACUGCUGCAGGAAGAACAGAAGAGAGGCGUGUGGCAGACAGAAGAGCAGCCAGGAGAAGAAGCAGAACAAAGGCACGCAAACCAUAUGACCUGGACAGUGAGGGAGAAGAAACAUCAGAUGGUUCUUCCUCAGAGAAGGAGGAGGAUGAAGACAGUGACAAAGUGGAUGAGUCCGAAGAUGAAGCCCUUAGUGCAGACAGUGAUGGCGAAAGCAUUUCUUCCUCCUCUUCCGAGAGCUCAUCAUCAUCAUCCUCAGCAUCAUCAUCUUCCUCCGAUGAGGAGGAUGAAGAGGACGGUGAACAGGCCAUUGAGAGUGAAUCAUUGGACACAAUGGAUGAGUCUACGAUGGACAGUGUGACCGCUAUAGAUGCAGAAAAGUAUGAUGGGGACAAAGCAAAUCUUGACCAAUCAUCAGUGACUGCUGCAGAGAUCAAACAAGAAGGAGAGAAAACGGCUACAGCUGUGCCUCCAUCCUCCCCUUAUCCCCGUCCCCCUUCACCCAUUCUCCUCCUUCCCCCACUCAAGAAACGGCGCAAGACCGUUUCCUUCUCAGUGGAAGAGAGCGAGGUCAAGCCCUCCAUUCUGUCACCUUCUGCUCCUUCUCCAUCUCCCACUCCUGUCUCACAAGCUUCAGAUAGUCCUACUUCCUCUUCUCCCGUAAGCACACCCACAGCAGCUGCCUCCUCCAAGCCCACCCCGAUACUCCUUCCGUUUGCUUCUCGUCCUAGCGAGAAUAACGCUCUGACCUCCCCUGCUUCCCCUUCCACCGUUCUUACCAUCCCUCCACCGGUGCGUUCCCUGCGGCUUGAUGAGCCCAAAAAGAGUCCAGGUCUCCCUCCAUCCCCACAAACUCCCACAGCCAAAAACUCCUCCAAACGUGGCAAAGACUCUCCCAGAACGCCCCCGACGCCCGUCUGCCUCACUGUCCAGAACCUUCCGCUGGACCAUGCCUCCAUGGUCAAAGUGGCAUACGAGGACCCCGUCCCUACUCCAACCAUGCAGAAGGGUCGUGCACGUGGUCGCUCUCGGACACUCAGCCAGUCGGCUUCCGCCCCUCACCUGCAUCCCUCUCUGGAGGAAGAGGAGGAGGAUGAAGAGGAGCUGGAGCAGCGGCUGAAGCUCAGGGAGCAGCUGGGAGUGUCCAGCCUGCUGCAGCUGGCCUCUGCCCCCAAGCCUGACCUGUCGGUGCUGGCCGAUGUGGCACUGAAGAUGGACCCGGAGGCAGAUAUCGACUCGGAAGAAACCGAGACCUCCGAUGAGGCAGAGGAGCACAAGCUGGAGGAAGAAGAGGGAGACUUCUUCGCCCCGCACCCACGCCAACCACUCCCGGAUCCAGAGGGUCUGUUCGUCAUGCAGGAGCACAACUAUUCCAAAACUCCUGCCCCUCUGCACCUCACGUCUCCACAAAAGAGGACGAAACAGGACCCCACCGUCCUGCUCCCUGCCGACCUCAACCAGCACGGUGUUCAGGAAGCCCCCGAAGAGGUCAUCGGGGAUGCUCUAGCCGCAAGAGGAGUGGCCCCAGAGAUAUACGGGGACCUUUCCGGGAUGGGCCUGCUGUGUGAUGCCAGGGAACCGGCUGAGACGCAGACCAAGACACUUGGCCCACCGCACAAGAGGAAAGGAUCAAUUAGCAUUGAGAUGGAGAUGGAAGAGAGUGGGAAAGGGAAGAGCAAGAAGAGAAGUAGGAAGGACAAAGAAAACGAGGAACUGCAAAUCUCUAAGAGACAGAAGGAGAACCAGAUCAAGAAGCAGAGGAAACGGAAGUUAGAGGAAUAUGAAGAAGACGUGGAUGUAGAACAGCUGGAGUCUGGCGAGCUUUCCAGCUCCAGCUCGGAGUCGGGAGACUCUGACUUCGGUCUGGAGAGAUCGCUGGAGUUUGAAAAGGAAGAGGUUCGAAAGAGCGAACGACUUUUCCUGCAGGAAGCAGGCUUGACCCCCUCGACUCAGCGGCGGCCCAAACACGUUCCCACCCCAGCUCCCGUACCACAGCCCUCUUACAAGAACCGUAGCGAGUUUGAGCAGAUGACCAUCCUCUAUGACAUCUGGAACAGUGGCCUGGACCAGGAAGAUAUGAGGCUCCUGAAGAGCACCUACGAGAAACUGUUGCAAGAUGAUCACGGCACCGACUGGCUCAACGACACACACUGGGUCCCUCAUACCAUCACCAACAUCCCCAACCCUCGGCGGAAGAAGAAGGCGGCCGUUGGGCAGCUAAGACAGCAUGUCACGGGCUGUGCUCGCAGUGAAGGCUACUAUGCCAUCAGCCGCAAGGAGAAAGACGUCUACCUUGAGCUAGACCAGCCAGUGACUGUCCAGGAAGCUGGAGACUAUGAUACCUCAGGCUCGAAUCGUCUGCUCUCUGAAAGACGCUCCGAGCAGCGGCGUCUCCUCAGCGCUAUCGGCACUGCAGCAGUGAUGGACUCAGACCUGUUGAAACUGAACCAGCUGAAGUUCCGUAAGAAGAAGCUGAGGUUUGGCCGCAGCCGUAUCCAUGAAUGGGGCCUGUUUGCCAUGGAACCCAUUGCUGCAGAUGAGAUGGUCAUUGAAUAUGUGGGACAGAGUAUCAGACAGAUGGCUGCAGAUAAUCGGGAGAAGCGAUAUGCCCAGGAAGGCAUCGGGAGCAGCUACCUAUUCCGUGUCGAUCAUGACACUAUCAUUGACGCCACCAAGUGUGGCAACUUGGCUCGGUUUAUCAACCACUGCUGCACGCCCAACUGCUACGCCAAAGUGAUCACCAUCGAGUCCCAGAAGAAGAUAGUCAUAUACUCCAAGCAGCCCAUCGGCGUGAACGAGGAGAUCACGUAUGAUUACAAGUUCCCCAUUGAAGAGAACAAAAUCCCAUGUCUGUGUGGCACGGAGAACUGCAGAGGAACCCUCAACUGAAAGUGUCCUAGACCUUCCCCGAUACAUGACUUGCCAAUCCUCUUUCCUGGCCCACAAGCUACUGUUCUCGGCACACAACAAUGUAGAUCUCAGCACUGCCGCAACACCUCCAGUUCUUUCUCCUCCUCAAGUUUUUCUCUUCUGACCUGGCCCUUAGUAAUAUCCGGAGGUAUUUUGUUCCUCCUGUUGCAGCUGUGUUUGGUGAUGUUGUUUUGCCAAGGUCCGUGCUUUAAAGUUGUUCAGCGACUGCACACACACAUAUUCCGCUCACUUAUGCACAACGUCUAACAGUGGCAAACACCCUUAAAGUGCUGGGUCUUUUUCUCCAAGGGCAACUUUUAAAGUCCUACCUAAAAACAUGGAUUUAAGCCUUCACCCCUGUCGUGAGAGAGAGUAUUAAUUUGAGUUCAUUAUUUAUUGUCCCUGUUCUGAGCCCUGUUCGCUUGUGUUGUUUAUUUAGCUCAGAUCUGUUGCUGUAGAUUCUUCAGAUUAUCUGCAUAGUAUCACUUUUUUUUUUGUUGGCUGUUGUGAAGCUAUUUUGGCACGCACAUUUCUUUCUAAACUUGCUCAAAGUUCAAACGAUCUUAAUGUCUCCCUUUCCAGCAUGAUGUGCUGGUGUUCAAAAAUGGUCUAGUAUUGUAAGUUUGUUACAUUUACUACUACUGUUUUUCACACAUUAGUUGUUACAAUGCCAGUGCACUGUAAAAACAGUUAUUCCAGAGGUCAUCAUGCACCCGCCAUCAUUUUAAUUCAUGAAGUGAGAUCCCUUUCGGUCAUAGUUUUUAGCAAUACAUGAAAGACAGGACAGAUGAGGUAGUCUUUUUGGCGUGCUGAAAUAUAUGCGCAUCGAUAUUUUAGUGAAAGGAUGGCUAUAUUGAUUGGGUUUUCCUUUGGCAUUGAUAUUAUUGUAGACCACUGAUGAAUUGUGGAGGAAUUGGGCACAUGUUUUGAGACCAAGCACUCUAACUCCACUGCUAAAGAGAAUAUCAUCGUAAAAUAUGUAUUUUCUCAUUACUGACUGUCCAAGAUGCAAAAUUGGGUGUGCAUAUUUAUACAUUUCACAACAAAAUGAAAGUCCCAAUUCCUCUGAGAGAUGUGCGUGAGCAGAGUUUCACUAGAACAGAUGGUUGUGUUCUGUACUUUCAUAUUACUGGUUGUCUCUCUCUCUCUCUCUCUCUCUCGCUCUCUCUCUCUCUCUACUCCGCUCUGCCAUAAAUCUUUUUUCGUUUUUUGUCUUUUUCCUUACUUUGUUAGAGGGCCUUGCCAGCAUUCUGUUCCUUUGAAAGGAAAACCUGUAAAAUAUGUAGAUUUACUGCAGUCUUUCAGUAAAAACUGCUCCACAGAAGUGUAACCAUAAAAAAACGAAAACGACAAAAAAGUUCAAAAGAAUUACAUGUAAAUAUUGUAGAGGUGUUUGUUUCUCGUAGAAACACACCAGUUCUAGUCUGUAAAUAUGUUCAUCCUUUUCCUACUUCCCAUUGCAAGAAAAUAAUUGUACAUACCUAUCAUUCAGUUAUUGGUUUUGUUUUUGUUGUUGUUUUUUCUCCCUUUUUAAUUUGAUUCAAAAGUUUUAAUAUUAUUUGCAAUAUUUCUCUUGUAUUAAUGCGUUGGACCCUUUAUUAAUGGUGCAUUAAAAUAUUUUUUAAAAUAA